AUGACACCUGUCGCCGUCUUCCAGAAACACAUGCUGCUCCGUAACGGCGCCCACAUGUGCCGUGAGGUCUGGCCCAACGCCCGCGUGGAGCAGGCGUACAACGUGCUGCUGGACCUGACGCUCCUGGUCCUGCCCGUCAUCAUCAUGAGCGUCGCCUACAGCCGCGUCGUGCACGCACUCAUCUUCGACGUCAGGUCAAGUCUGGACCUUGGUGUACCUGCUAAUGGCGACAACUUUGUCCUGAAGAACUACCGGACGAUCGAGCUGCGCCUAUUGAACCGUGACUCCUACCGGAGCGUGUCGUCCUUCACCUCUACUGACACGAGCUACUCCUGCUCGGGUACCAUCACCCCGCCAAAAAACAUUUCACGUGCAGGGACGAUAACAACGCCACCUACAGGCCGGAAGUCACGGAGGUCCGUGCCGAACCGGAUACGUCACAGCAACCCCGAGAAGAUCCGUCAGAACAAGAUGCGCGUCAUACGGAUGUUGUUUGUCGUCGUCCUCGAGUUCUUUAUCUGCUGGACGCCCGUCUACAUCGUGCUGACCUGGCUGGCGUUUCAUGAGGAGAGUGCUCAACAGAUUGUGACGCCCCUGACCAAAACUCUGUUUCACCUGCUCAGUUACUUUUCUUCAUGUUGUAACCCUAUCACCUACUGUUUCAUGAAUAAAAAAUUUAGAGAGGCAUUUCUUAGAGUGUUUCAGUGCCGAGGCCCACCACAAAGUCUACGAGAGAGACGAAUGCAGCAGCUCCAGUCCAAACAGCUCCAGAACAGCCGCGACCAGAAGCGCCGGAGUACAGCCGUCUCGAGGCUGAGCGAGAGGUUCAACUCCAUGGCGUCGACAACCUCCAGCGUCCUGCCGCUCGACUCCGUCAGAGUCAGAAACCCCUUGAUGGACCGGUGCAAGAAGCUCAGCAAGGACGCCGAUGAUAUUCUUGACACCGGAAGUGGUUCCGAUUGA